AUGGAUGAAAACGGAUACCCAACGUAUCGCCGCCUAAAUGCAGGACAAUACGAUCGCCUAAAUGGAGGAACUACAGAUAAUCAAUACGUUGUUCCAUACAAUCCUACAUUACUUCAGUUAUUUAAUUGUCAUAUUAAUGCAGAAGUAGUUUCAACAUGUGAUAGAAUAUUUGGUAGACCAUUACAGAGUAAGAGUCAUUCUGUUCUCCGAUUACCUGUUCAUUUAAUUAAUCGGCAUACUGUAACCAUUAGUGAAGAAGCAAAUGAUGAUGCUAUAAAUGAAGCUUUACAGAAACGGACUAUGUUAUUAGAAUACUUCGAUUUAAAUAGGCGUGAUCCACAAGCUAGACAAUAUACAUAUGCAGAAAUUCCAUGUUAUUAUGUUUUUAAGAGAGAACGUGGUGAAUAUACAUUAAAAUGGGUGAAGCGUAAAGGGUCAUUUAAUGACAUUGGACGGAUGCAUUCAAUUUCGCCCAGUCAAUCAAAACUGUUUCAUCUUAGAUUACUUUUAAUAGUAGUUAAAGGCGCUACAAGUUAUGAUCAUCUGCGAACUGUCAACAAUAUUGUACAUGACACUUUUCGUAGUGCAUGUUUAGCAUUAGGCCUUAUUGAAGAUGAUGAAGAAUGGGAACGUGCUUUGACAGAAGGAGAAGUAUGGAUGAUGCCACAACAAUUACGACGUUUAUUUGUGCGUAUUUUAAUUUAUUGCCAUCCAGUUCAUCCAAACGAACUUUGGGAAAAGUUUAAAGAGGCUAUGUCUGAAGAUUAUCAGGAAAAUUAUCCAUCUAAUGAAGCUCAUAAAAGAGCAUAUAAUGAUAUAAUUAACUUUCUGUUGCAUGAAGGAUCAAAUAUUCGCAAUUUUCCUGAAAUGAUACAGUUAAAUGAAAUAAGUAUUGAAACAGAAAAUCAAACGAACAACGAAAUGUCAUUACAACAACAUAAAGAGAUUGGUGAAAUGCAAUAUGUGAAACUGAAUUCCAAACAGAAGGAUAUUGUUGAUGAAGUAUUAAAUGUAGUUAUCCAAGAUAAAAGAAUACCAUCUUCUUCAUGUUAUUAA